AUGUGUGUGCUAAAAAAUAAUCGACAUGUCUCGUUACAGACUCUUUUUCUAGGCGACACAUCGUCGACAAAUAGCAAGACACAAUCGAUCAUCGUGCGAAUUGUGGGACGACGCGGCGACAGCGGAGAGGGAGCGAUCCCGGACGGCGUCGCGACGAUUGCUUCAGCAAGCAUUGCAGCAGCAGCAGGAGCUGCGCAAAGCGAGGGAGAGCGCGAUCACUUCCGGCCGGAAGUACCAGUGCCCGAAGUGCGAAAAGUCCUUCUCGCAGAGCUACUCGAUGUAUCGGCAUUUCAGAUACGAGUGCGACUCGUUGCCGCGUUAUCAGUGCCCGUAUUGCGGCCACGUCAGCAAGUGGUCCCACUCGAUCUACAAUCAUAUCAGGAAGAUCCAUCCGGGGCAGGAAGUGACGCUGAACAAGCUCUACUAGUCCGCGGUCGAACGCGCCGGCGUUUUACGUACUUCAGGCCGAUCGUCCUGGAGAAGUAUCACGGCGCUGUGCGGAGUCCACGGCACACGUUGAGACUUCAUCAGACUUCCCUGAAUCGGCGCGGCUUUGCCUGUCCCAGAUGUGCGCGCACCUUCCACACUUCCGGCGGCAUGAGCCGUCACUACCGGCUUGAGUGCGUCGACAUGCCGCGCUUCAAGUGUCCGCACUGCGAUAUGCGUAGCAAGUACACACAGGCUAUAUACAGGCACAUCCGGGCGAAGCAUCACGACAUGGAGCUGCGAUUUAUCAAGCUGUAUUAAACACGCGACUUGGAGACUGAUUUAUAUUGCCUAAUUUGUACGCACAUCGACUGACAGAGUUAGACGCAUCUUCCUCAACGAAAACAACCUUCCUCCCUUCUUGUUAUUCGAAAGAAGAAAAUGCGGCAAAUACCAAAUAAAUUUCGAUUGACGUUGCAUGAAAUUGUUUAUAGAAUAUGAUUAAUUUUAUGUUUUCUUUUGUAAGAAAAUAUCAGCAGAAACUUUUAAUACAAGCGGAGGAAGAGAAAUAGAUAAUUAUUAAAUAUUUAUAGAACUGAAGAAUUUCAUAUUUUAUGGAGUGAGUUAUCUAUUAAUUAAUCGUAGCUAUUUGUGUUUUGUGGCUAUCUGCUUUUAUUGCAAGAAUCCAAAUAGUUUUUUUUCACCGUUAAGAAGAGUAAUCAAAUAAUAGGAAAUUAGCAAUUAUACCCGAACAUGUUUCUGUGAUAAAAUUAUACUUUUACUAUAUUGUGUUAUGUAAUAUUUACAUAAUAUGUUAUAUAGUUUAGUUAUUAUAUUUAUUUAGUUAAUAUAAGUAUUGUUAUGAAGAACUUAAUGCGUAGACGAAAAUAAUCUAGGAAUCAGAUUGGCAAUUUGCCGCGCUGACUCUUGUUGCGCACACUGUAAAAAAUUCGGUGAAUUUAUGCAAAUCAAUUUUCAUCUCUUUAUUUGUGUAAAUUUGUUGAAUUUUUUUACAAUAUAGACAGUGGUCUAAAUUUCGAAACAUAGUAUAUUGUAAAGUAUUAAACAUAUAUGCGACUGCUUGUAACAGCACGUCGAAGAAAUUGUGUGUUCCCUUUGUAAGCAAUACGUAAAUGUGUAAUCAUUUUUAUUUUAAGAAAUUGUGUUACUUUUGAGUUUAAUUAAAUGUAUUUGAUUUGUAAAAUUAUCAACAAUUAGGCGAUAAAAGAAGAAAAUGAAAAUAUUGAUUAAGGCAUUCUUCAGUUUCUAUACUUCGGCUUUCCUUAUUUUUAUUUAUGUAUCGUAUUCAUCCUCGCAAGCAAGAAGAAUCACGUUUUUUAUAUCUACGUAAUUGCUUAUCAACAAAAUUGCUCUAGUUUGAUAAAGUAAAGAAUCGCAGCAUAAAUGCUGCUAUUAAUUCAAUGCGUAAUACAUUGAAUUACUGAAAACGAUGUCCAGUAAUGCCGUACGCGACGAUUUAUUAUAUCGACUUCUUUUUUUGCACAAUUUUUAUAUGAUAUGUACUGACUUUGUCUUAUGCUGCGUUAUUUGUAAAGAAUUUCGUGCAUUACUUGUGAAAGAGAAACGGACAAGAGAAAAAUUCCGCACCAAAGAUGAAUUCGAAUGCAAAGAUGCUUGAUCAGCGUGUGCAAGUAAUGCUUCAUCGAGAUAUGUAAUUUGAACAUGUUUUGUAAUUAAUGAACGAUUAAUGACAUUUAAACAUGUUUUGUAACUGAUGAACGAUUAAUGACAUUAAAUGACAACGAGGAAUGUUUAAUUAA